GAAGAAAUACAUAAAUUUCCAUGAAGAGUCGGCCAAACUGUGCUAUUCGCGGAGAUUCUAAAAUGGUCGGCGUUGCCAGUGAAACAGUUUCGAAGCCACCAGUCAGUCAAAGAGUUCUGGACUGCUUCUGGUCGCUUGCUUCGGAAAACGAACAGGAAAGAGCUGAAGCAUCUAAAGUACUAUGUGAAGAGUUAGAUAGUAUAGACGACGAAGCUGAUGGAGCAGUUUAUGUUUACAACAGACUGGUUACCGGUUUGUCUUCUUCAAGAGCAGGAGCAAGGCAAGGGUUUGCUUUAGCCUUGACUCUGUUGUUGAAAUAUCAUGCGUCCAAGAAGCAUAUAUCUUCUAACUAUGCUCUGGCACACAAGUUGGCCUCAAAAUUGGAAAAACAGUUGGAGACCAUGAAAUUGGGAGACACUACUGAGGCUUUGAGAGAAUCGAGGGAAACUAUUCUAGGAACCCUUUUUGGUGUUGCAGCAAUUGCAAAAACUGGAUUGAUUGGAGUGGAACGCGUCUUAGCAAUAUUGCAGCGCAUCGUCUCUCAGAGGAAGUGGUCCAUAGGAUUGACGGAAGCUGUUUUAACGGUCGCUAUUGAGUCAUUGCAGCAUAUGGAUCGUUCUUUAUUUCGAAAAAAAGGUUCAAGUGUCCGUAAAGCAGUUGUUCAAUGGAUAAACCAACGGACACUACGGAAUCCUGAUGCUUUAACGCUGGCUUUGUUUUGUAGAGAGCAGCUCGAACUUACUGAUUUGGCCAGUGAAUGCCAAUUUUGGGGUGAAGAAGAUCCUAUAGCUUUAGUGUUUAAGGAAGAAAGUCCAUAUGUUACAAAGGCAGACAUAAAGGAGGCUUUAGAGACAGUUUUUUAUAUUGGUUCGUAUCUGCCAAGUUGCCAUGUUCCUUAUAUUUGGUAUGUUUGGUUGGAUUCUCUUUCAAAAGCUUCGGAAAACUAUUUUGCUGAAUGGUGGGAUUUGUUUGUUCGUCAACAACUGCUUGAACAAAAGUCGAGUAUGGAACGUAUUCUUUUGGGAAUACGUUUUACAGUGGCAUUAUUGGAGAAAAAUCCAACCAAGAAAGAAAUUAUAUUGAAAGUAGUCGAUGACCAUUUCUUGUCUUCCUUGCUUCUUUGUUGCCGCUCGCCAAAGAAACAUGUUGCUCAAGAAGCUACUGCCUUGAGAGAAAACUUGGGGGUCUGCAUUGAGAAGCUUUGGGAUGACGAAUUAUGCAAAUAUUUGAUAGAAACUUUGUCAAAGUUUGUAUUUGAGUCAUUCGGUUAUAUAGACCAACGUUUAUUGUCAUUGACUGCCUCCAAAUUGUCUAUGGAGUCGGUUUGUGAGCUCCUUGAUUAUUGGAGAAAAAUUUUUGCGAUGAGUGAAAACGCAAUGAAGAUGUUUUCUAUCAUAUUUGCUAAUUUGUCUUGUGAUGAUGCGCAGGCAUGUCUGUUUCAGUUCAUGCAGGAAAGGGUAUUUGACAAAGAUGAUGGCAAGAGUCAGAAAUGGAAAGAUACUAUACUGAGUGCUAUAAGUGAUACAUUGCGAAAACAAGGCAGUUUUUCUCUUUUCUUACGACUUGUAAAAACAACAGCAAGCCAAUACAAUGAGUUACGAAUUCACAGAAAGCCUAAAGUCAAUAGAAUGUUCGAGUUUUGUAGACAACAAUUAAACAGAAUGGAAUGUCGGAAUGGAGAAACUCCUGUGUCUGGACAUUUGUUGGUCUGUUCUCUGAGUAUUUUAAUUUUCCUCUUUUCAGAAGACGAAGAAAUCGAUAACUGGUUACAACAUGAUGCAUGGCCUCUUUUAAAAAGAUUCACUCAAGUUGUGGAGGAAGAUGACCAGCUUUCUGAAGAAACAAAGAGUUUAUCUCUUGUCAAAUUUUUGGUUACUUGUUUAUCGUUUGAGAGUCAUGGAAUACGUCAAAUAGUGACUUAUAUAUUUAAAAAAGUUGUUCACUUGGGUGAUGAAAACAUUUUUUGUUUGUUACUUUCUUAUUUACCAGGACAUUUACAGUGGAAAGAGUUGCGACAAUUGAAAGAUGCUGAUAGCUCUUCUGAGAUGGAGAACUCAUCGAUUGGCGAUAGUUCCGAUGCUGAUGAUGCUUCUUUUUCUUCUGAAAUGUCAAAUUCAAGUCAUUCAGCAUCAUCGUUGGAUAACAAUGAGAAUGAUGAAACACUCGAUGAGUUUCCAUCAUUUGACCAAGUACCUUUAACAGACUUAGACGUAGAUAGAAAUCCAGAUGAAGAAGACAAGGAAACCCUAGAAGCUUAUGACACAAAGUUAUCUGCCAUAUUGAAAGAAACAGAUUCAAGAUAUAUGAAGAAUGCCUAUCGAAGAAAGUCACACGAAGCCUUAAGAAUAUUGGAUUUAGUUGAGUUGAUUUUACACUCGCAGAGGGAAGCAAAUCAAGCAAGAAUUCAAUUGCCAUGCCGUUUAUGGUUAUCAGUAAUGGAAAUGACUGAAAUUGACUGGGUUAAUAGAGUAGAUAGCAUUUUGGAAAAAGUGUUCUUGAGGGAAUCUGUGGUUCCAAAUGUUUCCAUACAACAUUAUUUGGAUGAGAUGGAAUUCCUCGAAAAGAUUCUUCAUCACUUCUACAGUGAUAGAAAACUACUAUCAGAUGAAGCAUUCCGUACUAGCGUGGUGAUAUUUGCCUAUCUUCUGAAGGGGAUGCAUCGUCGCUGCAAGUUGGAUUCGAGUUGUGAAAGAGACUCGAACAUUAUUUCUCUGGAGAACUAUGAAGGAUAUCAACUUAUUGACGAAAUGAUGAAAAUUUUUUCAUACGAGCCUUUUGGAAUAACUUAUGGUGGUAAAGUGAUGAAGGACAAGUUUUCCAGUGUAAAAGUUUUAUUGCUGGAAGAGAAUCUUUGGAAGCGGUUUCCUUUGGCCUGCUGCCUUAGUGUGAAGCAUCUUUGCUGUAUUUAUAACAAGUUGCGUUCACGCGUUAUGAAAAGGACAUGCUUAAAAGUGUUACAAACAGCUGUGAAGUUAGCUUCCAAUAAGAAUGCGGCAAAUAACUCUUAUAAUCAGGAGCAGGAUAAGAUAUCUUUGUUGGUAGACAAAAACAAUGUUAGUUGGUUGGAAGCCCUGCUCUCGUUUCUUGUUGCAACAAUAUCUUCAUUUCAGCUACGUCAUUACCAUGACCUGUUUGCCAAAUGCAUCAAUAUUAUCCUUACAUUAUCAAGGAAUGGAUAUGAUUUGGGUGAGGAGAUCCACGAGUUAUUACAACGCAAGGUUUCGGAAUACCCUUCUAAACAAAUUCCCUCUAAUGUAUUUAGACUCUUACCAAUGUUGCAAAGAGCUUCUUCGUCAUUUCAGAAACAAUCGGGAAAACGAGAUGCUGAAGAUAGGAAAGAUCAGCGAAAGAAGUUGAAACGGAUGUAAUGACAAUCUCUAAUAAAAUGAGACAUCAAAAA